CGAAGAGCUGAAACAUCUCUUCUCACAGGUGGAUGAUGGUGAUUUACUGAAGAAAAACAAAGAUGCGGGUACCCCAAAUCAUUCUGGUUUCAUUGACAUUCAGUUCAGUUUUUAUCAAAACACCGUUUUAUCACAAUGUUAGCCCUUGUCUUUCUUGAGACACGCUUUAUUCAUUAGUUAUCACGGACUGAAUGAGGUCAACUCGGUUCCAGAAUUUCAGGAAACCCCUCGCAGACUCCGAUUAUUUGCUAAAAUGUAAACAAACAAUAACAUACUAUAUUAUCAGUUAACUUUGUAACAGCCUGUUAAAAUGGUAGAACCAGAAAUACAGACUGCCUCCAUUCCUGUUGAUGAACAUGAAAAUGAGGUCAUGGAGUUUGGAGAAGCUGACAGUUUGUCAACAAAUGAAAAUAAACAGAUGGAUGGAGAGAUGGAAGAAACGAACGAAGAAGAUGGAGAGGAUGUACCGUCUAGUGAAAUAACAUUGGAACUGAAUGAAGAACUACAGGCAGGGUACAAGAUUCUAUCAGACCUAAUGUCACAUGCAAAGAGGGCUGCAAACUGGCCAUUCAUGGAGUCAGUGGAAGUUUCAGCACCAGAUCUCUAUGAAGUUUACAAACAACGCAUUGAGAAACCAAUGUGGUUAAAAUUAAUGAAGAAAAAAUUUGAAGAACAUCAGUAUACAACGAUCACAGACUUUGUGUCAGAUUUCCGCCUGAUGUUGGAAAACUGCUAUCGCUUUAAUGGACCAGAUCAUUAUAUUUCAAAACGAGCUCAGAAAAUGGAAACUAUGCUGGAACAGAAAUUAGCCUUGUUGCCAAGGGACUUCCGAGAAAAGACGACCAUUGAUGCAACUACAGAACAGAAAACUGAGGGCGGCUCUGGAGGUUUUGGAUUAAGAAGAAGACCCAAGACUCACGUUCUCCAUGAUUCCACAUACCUGUUGAACCAGUUGCGUGAGGCUGAGUAUCAGAAGAAACGUGAAUAUCGUAUUCGGCAGAUCAUGGCACGCCGGGCUGAAAGGGAGGCCCUGGCUCAGGAGAUCAUGGACUGGGAAGACAAAGUGCUGUUUGAGGGGAAGAAAGACCAGAUGAUGGCAAUGUGGGAGAUACCACAGAUAGGUUUGUUCUUGUUUCUUUGUCAAAGUCAGCUGAACAUUGGAGAGGUGAUGCAUUUUGAGUUAGAACGUUGUUUCAUGAUGGCACGGGAAAGUUCCACGAUGCAGCUCAUCAUGACGUCACUUCUCAGUACACCAUUCCAGAGACUCAAGUUUGACAAGAAGAACUUGAUGCCAUACAAGGUGUGGGAACAGAAACUGAGAGUGAAGUUACAGCUGUGGUACAAGGUCUAUACAGACACAGAGGGGGAUUUAGAAAAGACAUGCUUCAAGCUGGGUUUAGAUGAGCAAUUUUUUGACGUAGUUGGUACAAAGAAUCCAUUGGAGAGGAAGAGGUACCAUGAAUUGAGUUUUUAUAGGAAGGUGUGGAUCAUGAAAUCCCUCUGUGAUAAUUGCUUGCACACACAAGAUUCACUACGAGAGACCAUAGAGCUGCAGCCAUUUGAGGACCAGCGAGAAUAUUUGCUCGGCACUGAUAACUCGGGUCAGAGAUAUAUUCAUUUCCCACAAUUCUGUGGGGCAGACGUGCGUGUGUACAGACAGGCACCUGUCAAAUACCCAAAGAUUGAAAUCAAACCAGACCCAUUUGAUAACAAAAGAAAAUUUCCCUUUGUUUACAAACCACCUCCAUUAAAGAAAGUGAAAUUAAAGAAGAAAAUACGACACAGAGCCUCACCUAGUAAACCAGCAUCAGAAAAUGUUUCCCCUAUGUCAUCACCAUUGAGGCAAAGGCCAAGCAGGCUUAGACAGGCACCCAAGUCUGUUGUUCCUCUGCAACUAUUAGAUGAUGCCUCAGUAACAGAAAGCUCUUCAUCCAAUGAGUCUGAGACUGAAGACCUAAGUGCUGCUGAUGACCAGGAACCUGAUCAGAGCAGUUCUGCUGAUGUUGCUAAAGCUGUUACAGAUGAUCAGUCUAUAGAUUCAGAUCCUAACCAACAACCUGAUGAUCAGUCUGUAGAUAGGCUUAGUUCAGGCAGUGAUGCUACUCUUCCAUAUUGUGAUAAUAGUGACACUAAUAGUAAUGUGAGUUCUAGAGAUCCGUCUCGUGACUCCAGUCCAUAUCCCUCAUGUUCAGAUCUCAGUUUGCGCUUUAGUUCUCACAUAGACCGAUUAAGCGAUGUUUCUCAGGAGUCCAGUCCGUGUCCAUCUCCGGCAGAUUUUGUUCCACGCCGUAGUUUGAGACAUGACAGGUACAGUGACACCUCUAGGGAUGCAAGUCCACUUACAUUUGACUCUGAUUUUGGUCUUAGACGGAGCAGUAGAAAUAGAGCUAGAUUGAAAAAUAUACCGCCAUUGAAGGCGGCAAGAGAUUUAUCCACAUUUCUGUUCGAUGAGAAUUCUGCUUCAAAUUCAAGUGCAUUGGGGGAGAAUAGUUUAUCAGGGAUGGGUACGUCUUUGUUCAAAGAUGAUUCAGCUUCACGUAGAAGUUCCAAGUCAAGCGAGUUAACGGAAGAUAGCAACGACUGUGAUAUUCAUGUUAAUAAAUUGUUUUCAAAUUCCAAAACCUCAGAUUCUACUUCUGACUUUAGUGCAAGUUUCCAUGGAGUUCUUGAGAAGGUAGAUAAGGAUGAUUUGAGUGAUAACAUUUCUGUUGAAAAUGGUGAUAAAGCUGAGAACACUACUGAGGGUUAUGAUAAAAGCAAAUGCAAUGAAGAUGAUAAUGUUAAUAAUAAUAAUAUCAAUGGAUCACUUAAAAAUUUGCAAGAACCAGCAUUAGAGGGAGAAAAGUCAUCACAAGAAACAGCUGAACCAAAUGAACAAUGUCCUUCUUCAGCAAGAGACAUAGACAACAAAAGGAAAGAUUUGACUGUACAUGAAGUGGGAUCCUGUGAUUUAAAUGAGGAAGUUGCAAAGGAAACAAACCUUGACAGUUUUGAUGCGGUAAGUUAUACGGGUAAAUUAAAUAAAGACAUGGUAGAAAACUCUAGUAACAAGUUUUCUGACAUUAAAAAUACUGAUGUGUUACAAAAUGAAGAAAGGUUAACAAGUAAAGAGACUGACGAGAGAGGUUUUUCCAAUUCUGGUGAUGAAGACACACCAGACAGAAAUGAUGAUAGAAAUGAUGAUGUUUCAGAAAACUUAAGUAAUGAGACAAAUGAUGAUUUAAAAGAAAAUGAAAAUAAUGAAGAAAUGAAUGUGGAAGUAGAUGAAUUAGGAUCAUCUAAAGACACUGAAGAGAGGGAAGCCACAGAAAUCAGUGCAGCUAAAAAUGUCGUAGGAAAUAGUGAGAAAACUGAAAUGAAAAGUCCUCAAACAACUGAUGAGAAUGAAGUUGAUUCAAAUACUAGUAUGAAACCUGUUUAUGAUGAUGAUGUUGAAAAUAAACUAGGAAUGAAAAUAAAGUUGGAACCAAAUUCAGAAAGUACUGAAGAUACGAAAAUUGAUUUAAAACAAGAAAUUGAGGAAAACCAGCUAAAAGAUAUUUCCAAGACUGAAUAUAAGUUUGCUGGUUCAGAGGAAGCUAAAGCAGAUGUUGAUUCUUUGGAAGCUGGAACUGAAGAGAAUAAUAAGCUGAACAUUAAGACAGAACUGGAGGAAUCAGUAAUUGAUAGUGUUAAACCUGAAAUAAAAGAAGAAACAAAGUCCACAAAAGGAGAUGUCUCAGAGGUGAAAGAGCAGGAAGAAAGUGAAGAAGAAGAAGAAAAGGUUCCAGAUUCCAGACAGUUUGAGAUGGUAGCAGACACUGUAGAGGAGGUUCGCAAACUAGCCGAACAAUUUGCUGAACCUGAGCCAGUAGUCAUACGCAGAGGGAAGAAAGAACAGAUUCAGAGGCCGCCACCUCGUAAGAAGAACAUUAUGAUUUUGCAUGAACGAUUGCAGUUCUUGUUGAAGGAGCUUGAGCCCUGGGAAUCUAAACUCCAACAAGCCUCAAAGAGAGCCAGGCUACGAUUGAGAAAAGAAAUGGAAGAUUAUAUACUCAAACCUCCAGAAGAAAAGACUGAAGACUGGAAAUCCUCUGAUGAGGAGACAGAGUCGGGAGAGUCUGAUGCAGAAGACCAGAAUGAGAUUGAAGAUGACACUAAAAAUAAACAGAAAGUUACUGAUGAUAAAACUUCUGCUUCAAACUCCAGAUGCAGUACACCAAUAAAACCACCAGAAGAAAUCGAUGAGAUAGAUAUCAGCCACCGUGGACGUCUUAGAAAACGUAGAAUCAUACCAAACAACGUUGAAGAUCAGCUGGCAGUAAAGAAACCAAAACCAGUGAAGUCUGAAUCCAGUCAGUCCACUCCAACAACGAAUCAACCAGUGAUUGUACAGAGUGGUAAAACACAACUCGUUGAUUACGCUGACAUUAUACGUCAGCUGAAAAACACUGGAGGAAACACACCAAUUUUGAUUAAAACCACCCAAGGUGGUAGAACUGUAUUGACAAGUGUUUUACCUGUGAGUGCUAAUAGUAACAGUAACUCUAACACAACCACUACUCAAGCUUUACAGACUAUUAGAAUUGUCUCCCCUAGUUCUGUUGCCCAGCAGUCAGUGCAACCUCAGGCUUUGAGGAUAGCAGUGCCGAGCACCGGAUAUUUACCAGCCACAUCAAAGGCCCUGCAGCAUCCAACUAUACAGAACCUCCUGUCUGGGACUGUGGCAGGAAGCAAACUGCUACCUAAAACUUCAGCUGCUGUCACUGUUACUGAAAAUUAUCAAGCCACAGGGCAACCGUCUGUGAUUCUACCUCCUACACCAGAGAAAUCAAAUGCACAGAAAAUAAUUCUACCAAACCAGACAACACCACAGAAAGUAGUUCCAAGUCCUGUUACAACACCAAGAAAAAUAGCACCACAUACAACAGCCUCAAAUGCCUCAGGAAAACCAAAAGCCAAGUAUUAUGCUGCAAAUGCUAGUACUCUUCCAAUUAAUGUUGUUGAGCAGUUGAUUGCUACACGAGGAGCAAAACUUUCACAGGGAGCAUAUAAUCAGAGUAUUCUGUUAAUUCCUAUGGAAAAUGACGGACAGACGAGAAAUGUUGUGUCUCCUGCUCCAGUUACUCCAGCUAAAAGUCCACUGUCUCCAUCAACCACUCCCGAAGGCGGGAAAAAUAUGAAGUCAGAAAAUAUGCAGACGUCUGGUUCCAGUACUUCUGCUGCAAAAACAUCUCCAAACACACUUAUUCUUCCAAAGCCUCAAACCAGUCCAGUUUUAUCUUUAGGUCAAGGACUUCCUGGUGUUCAAAUUCAACAAGGCUUUGGUGGUUUACAGGCACCACAAGCAUUUCUACAACCAGCUAUUGUAGAUGGUUUGAAUGUGACAAGACUUGUACCAAUGGGAAUUUCUCCAAAAUCUCCGACAAGGUACCCAACUAACGAAACCGUAAAAACAUUACUUGAAAAGCGGAAACCACCUGAAGAAAAAGAAACUUUUGUUCUUGAAAAACGAAAAGUACCUGCCGUCACUAUCAUUUCAAAUUGUGUCAGUAACGUUCAGUCAAAUGCUUUAUCUGAGAUGCGUAUGUCAGCAGCAGGAAGUUUUGUGCCUCAGAUGUCACCAGUAAAGUGUGACCAAAAUUCAACGAGGAUAAAUUCAGAUAUUGGACUAGUGAAAGGUCCAAGUGCUGCAAAUACUAUGUCGCAGCCAGCAAUAAUGUCAUUGGACCCUGUGAAAAAGGAGGCUCUUGUCUCUGCAGUGAAAGCUCAGCAGUGUGUGAUUACUUCAAUAUCUGCUGCUAAAUUAAACACACUAUUGCUUCAAACGAGUGCUGCUGGUGCAAAAUCUAUUCCAUCCCUUAUAAAGCUGCCUAGCAAAGCUGCUUUGGACUCGGCUGUCAAGGCUGUUGUGACAAGUGUAAAUGUCACAUUACCUACUGUAAAUAUUAAAGUGCCUUCCCCUACAUCACUCCCUUCCAUAGGUCCUAGAAGGAAUGUGACAAAAACAAUACAAACAAUGAAGUCUCCCAUUCCAGUUGCUCCAAAAGUUGUAACACAAAGCUCUGGUGGGCAAACAACUUUAUCCUUUGCGGAUUCACAUACUGCUUCAUCAUCUCAGAUGUUGACUGUGCCCUCUACUGUUCAUGGUUCUUCAUCAUCCUGUAACGUUGUAUCUGUGACCCAGUCUCAGACAGUGACUGGUUCUCAAGAUCAAGAUGGAAAAAGGCUAAUAACCAGACUUACUCCACAAUUGGUGCUCACACCUAAAGGCGUUAUGCAGAUGGGUUUUGUAAACCAAAGUCAGCUGGCUAGUACCACACCUUCAGUGAAUCAGGUUGCAAUGAAUCAAGUUGCAGUGUCUUCUUCUGUUCAGAGUGCUGGAAACCAGACAAUUCUUAUCCAGAACAGUGCUGGACAGUACCAACUAAUUCAGCAAACCAGUCCAGUGUUACAGCAGACAGGACAAGGAACCAGUCUACAACAGCUUGCAAGUCAGUCUGCUGCACAGUCUCAAGGUCAAGGUCAAAAUCUGCUUCAAACAGUCAAACCAGUUGUUGCUUUGAAUGCAAGUGGAAAUCCAAUCAUUCUGCCAACAGUAAAAUCUAGCACACAAGUGGCUCCUAGCUCUUCCCCGCCAUCUAUUGUUCUACACAAAUCAACAUAUUAUACACAAAAACCAACAACUUCCACAGUGAACUCAGUGGGACUGAUAGGCUCCCCAUCUGUGACGGGUAAUAUUGAUCUUAAAUCUCCGUCAGCAGGAUUUGUGUUUCAGCAACCUACAACAGGGGUGUUACAUCCUCAGACACCUGUCGUCAGUCAUUCUGGGAUGAUAUCACCGUUACUUGGCUUACAGCAGGGUCUUGUGUUACAAGGUGGAGUCCAGCUUGCCAGUCCACUGGUAAAUCCAGUAGGUUUGAAUUUGGUACAUCCUGGUGUUCAAGCUCUGCAAAAUGCCUCAUCUCUGCAAGCAUCUGGUACACCAAAUUUAAAUCUUUUACAAAAAGCGGGAUCUGCUGGUGUUCAGAUGUUGAAUAUAAACCCAUUACUACUUAAUGCUUCUCUAACUACAACGUCAGCUGGAGUGUUACGCCAGCAGUUAAAUUCUCAAUUCACUGUGGUAUCUGGGAUUCAACCUGGUUCUAACUUGGGUACAUCGCUUGCGAGGAUUGGAGUUAAUACCAUCGUGAAACCUUCUAUGCCUGGAAUCCAACAGCAAAUAAAACCCCAGUCAUCAACAGUUGGUGUAGCCCAGACAGCAGUAGUAGCAAGUCAGAAUGGAGCCAGUUUGGUUUCUCCAACGUCACAGAUGAUACAUAUGCAAGGGUCGCCAUUGGUUAUUCCAGGAAUUGGCGGAGCCGCCAGUCAACAAAUUAACCAGAUUGGAAAACUUGCCGUUACACCAAAUUCAGCACAGAAACAACUGGUAUUUCAGUAUCCGUCAGUUUGUCAAACAGUUACAAAUGUUAGCUCUCAGCUGACACAGACUGUAGCGUCUGUGUCAAAUAAACAAAAUGUCAAUGACCAAACAACACAGCAGAAAGUAGUUCCAAGUCCUGCUUCUCUUGCAAAAUUUCAAGCACCUUUAAAAACACAGGUGAAACUUGUGGUGACAUGUGCAGGUCAAACGGUUUCAAAGAAUGAUAAUUUGAUUAAUACAGUGUCGGUAAAUCAGGUGACUGUGGGGCAGAAGUCUGGUUCAACACAACAGAAGCUGCUGCUGUUCAGUAUAGGAGGUCAGCUUGUUACAGGACACGGUGUUCCAGUCUCACUGAGUGAUGGCGUGUUAAAAGUAGUUCCACAUGGAAAAGUCAAGAUAAACAAUCAAACGUUAACUCCUGAACAAAUAAAACAAACAUUGGCUAAGAUUAAUGAGGCAGCAGCAAUGACCUUGAACCCUGUGAGUCAGCAGCAGACUCCUGCUCAGCAGUCUGGUACAAGCGCUGUGGUUGAUCAAGGCAAAGUCAUUCCAGUUAAAAUAGUGAAAGAUUCUAAAAAUUCAGCGGGACCCAGUCUAGCAUCCAUUGACCAUAGUUAUCUUAAUACAGUGAAUAACAAGGUGAAGAUAGUGACUUCUUUGAUGAAUGGAAAUGGUAGUGUAGUUUCUCAGACACAGUCUGGCGGAAGUGGCCAGAUUAGUUUAGUGUCACCAAAUAUCCAGACUGGUCUACAAGUUGUAAAUUCUGAUUCUAUGAAAAUUGAAAAAGGACAGGAAGUUCAGUUGGUAGGCCAGUCUAAAGAACAGCAAUAUGGAUUGAAACCUAUGGGAUAUUCAUCAGGAUAUAUUGUUCGACAACGGACUUCAAAUCAAGAAGAGAGUGAUGAAAAACCUAGCUUUGCCAAUCAAAACUUUGACAUAGGUAAACUUGUGGUUGACAAAGAAACUAAGCGCUUUGUUAUAAAAGCGCCAGUGAAAAGUGAUCUCAAUGGUGGGGGUGAUGCUAGUAAUAAUCUAUACAACCAUAAUGCUGAUGUAAAAACAAAAACUGAAGGUGUUAAUGAAGAUGAUGAAAAUGAUGAUCACAAACUAGUGAUUGAUGAUGGGGUGAGUGAUAAAGAAGCGGCUCUUAAUUUAUUGACUUUAGCCAACCAAGCUCCAGCACCUUUGGUUGUAAAACUGGAAAACAAUGAAACUCGUAAAACUAAUUCAUGAUGUUAGUUUUAAAAAAUCGUCAUUAGUACAAAUUCAUGAUAUUUUUAUUGGACAUAAUUUUACAAAAUAUGUCAUACAUUGUUCACAAGUUUUGAUUGUGAAAUCAUUCCAUAUUCUGGUAGUACAUAUUUAUUGUUAUAAUACACAUUAUUUUGGGCAUUGUUUACAUUUUUGAAACAUUAAGCUAACAUUGAUAACUCUUUCUUCUCAUGACCAUUCUUUCACAUUCAUUCUUACCCUGCUAAAUUUCUGAAAUGGACUGAUCCAUCAUUCAAAUUGGGCAAUGCCAUUUAUCAUUCCAAGGGGUGUUCACUGAAAAUUUACUGACUGAACAGCAAACAGUGCAGACCAUAAUCAGCCUGCACGGACCAGCAGGCUGAAGGUUAAAAUAUUGGCUGCCAACCAGAUUGAAGAAAACAUAAGCAUACAGAAAAUGCAUUCAAGAUUUCAGUCUUACAAUUAAAGUAACUUUGAAAAUGGACAUUUUUGUUGGGAAUAUCAUGUUGAAGGUACAAGCCUCCAGAGUUUGGAUAGAAUUUUGAGGAUAGAUAUCAAUUUGACAUCAAUUUUGUUUUAAGAAAAUGUAAGCAUACAGAGAUUUAACUAAAGAAAAGAUAUACAUCUUGCCAUUAAGUUACGUCUUCCCAUAUAUGAGUAGACAUAUUGAUUUUGUCAUCUGUUUGUCUGUCUGUAUGUUUGUAACAAAAGUUUGUCCAGACAAAUCUGACACUGCUGGUUGGAUUUCAGCUCAACUUCAGUUUGACAUAUCUGUAAAAAUUUGUUACAAGAUUUAUGAUGGGCCAGAUCUGAGUAGUAAGUCCAAAGUUACAUGCCCUUGAUUUAUGCCAUAUUUCACUAUGUAUACACUGGAGCACUCAUUUCUUAACCAAUCCUUAUCAUAUUUCACAAAAUGUGUAUACCAGUGAAAUCUCUUUUGAUUAUUGGUCAGAUCAGAAUAAUAGGUGGAGAGUUGUGUGCCCUUAAAUUAUCAAAAAAUGACAUUAUUUUUGUCAAGCCUGCUUGUGGAAGUGAAGACAUAGUUGUCCAAAUGGCUGUUCGGUGUAUGUGCCUGCGUGCGUCCAUCCGGAUUUGUUUGUUCAUACACCAACUUUGACAUGCAUGGAGCAAUCUUGUUUAUAUUUGGCAUGAAUGUUAACUUUGGUGAGUGGGAGUGUGAUGCACAAACCCCAGUUUUUAUCUCAAAGGUCAAGGUCAAAGGGCAUGUCAGAUCUUGUCCAGCCCGUAACUUGUCAUGCAUUGAGGAAUCUUGUUUAUAUUUGGCAUGAAUGUUUAACUCAAUGAGACCGAGUAUCUCAAAGGUCAAGGUCACACUUAAGGGUCAAAGGGAGGGCUUGACAUGUUGCCCGUGGGCAUCUAGUACUAUGUUUGCACCCUCCUUUCUUAACCAGUCAUUGUAUUAACACACAUUGCUACUUGUAAGUUCAUUGUUAAGUCCUAGUACUGGUGAGGUCAGACUAUUGAUUGCAUAGUUAUAUGCUCUUGAUUAAGCAAUAAAUUUCAAGUAACAUUUGUAUGCAGUUUAAAUCUUGUACUGCUAAAUGUGCAUAGAAUUCCUAACUUGGUGUGUGGAUAUUUAUGGAAGUAUGUUGUACUUACUUGACUUUUGAUAUUUGUUUUUUUUUUUUUUGGUUUUUUUUUUUUGCUUUCAUUGAUUAGUUAUGGUUUUAGUUAUGGUUUCAUAUAAUACCUGUUUUAUGAUUUCCCUUUCUAUUCACCGCAAGUAAUCUGCUUAACAUUUAAAAAUUAUGCUUGUCUUUCUCCCAACAGCCUUUGUGUUAUGCCCAGAAACUUCAUAUCUAUUUAUCCUGCCAUUUAAAUGAAGCAGUAUGGGGAGACAUAUGUUGUUUUCAAAAGCAUUCUCUGUUAUAAGUUUGAAAAUGGAAGGUUUUUUAAGUAUGUUUAUGUUAAACAAACGUACUUUUGCAUGAAAAUGAGAAAAACAUAUUUUCAAAACAUGUGAAAGUCGGUGGAGUAAUGUGAAACGUUAAUUAAUAUUUAUAUUUCGUGAAACGUGAGAUCUGUAUUACAGUGUAUGUGCAAUAUUGUAUUAUAUUUGGUGAAAAGGAAUCAAAAUUAAGAAAUAAUUACUUUUUAUCUGUAUAAAUUUUACUGCAGGAGAGCUUCAUAAGUGGUGUUAGAAGUAAAUGAGCCACACCAUGAGAAAACCAACAUAGUGCGUUUGCGACUAGCAAUGAUCCAGACCAGCCUGCGCAUCCGCGCAGUCUGGUCAGGAUCCAUGCUGUUUGCUAAUGGUUUCUCUCAUUGCAAUAGGCUUUGAAAGCCAACAGCAUGGAUCCUGACCAGACUGUGCGGAUGCGCAGGCUGAUCUGGAUCCAUGCCGGUCGCAAACGCACUAUGUUGGUUUUCUCAUGGCGUGGCUCAAAUAUUCCUUGAACUCACUGAAUUGUAGUGUUUACUCUUUAUCUAGACUUACUUUCAAAUUAAAGUUCUUACAGAAUUUUCAAAAAAUUGUCAAAAAUCUAGAAGUGGGCUCCUUCAAAAAUUAUCAUGAGAAAAAUCAAGUUAAGAAUGUUUGUGAAAAGUGGUCAUGUUUCUGUUUAAAUGCACAAUUCAGACUUUCCAGAAUUUGUGUUUAAGAUUUAAAUUCGUGUAGAUAUUUGAGAAAUGCUGUUUUGUUGUAGGAGAAAAAGCAAACUAAGAUAUUAAAUUGUGACAUUGAAAAUAAUUUGAGACUUUGUUCAUGGCAAUUUGACAGACAUCAUUAUUUCUGACGUCCUUUGCCGGCAACCUUAACUCAUAUGGAAAAGUUGUCAACUUGUUAAGAACAAGCCAGUGCUGACCAGUGCAGUAUCUAGGAAUACUUGUUAGGGUAACUGACCCCUGACAGAACUGAAAUUUUGUUGAAAAUGGGUUUUUAAUUAUGCAUAUUAAACAGCUAAUACAGGCUAUCAUUUUAUGAAAAUGUUAAUUUUUUAGGUAAUUCUGCUUGGGUUUACUGGAAUAAUGAAUCUACAGUUUUGAUACAAAAACAUUCUGAAAAAAUUGUCUGCGUACAGACAAGUAACAGCCUCCUAAGUACUGGUAAGGCUUUGGCAGUUUGAGGAGAGGGUGGUGGUGGUUUAUUAUGUUUGAAAACAUAGCGGGGUGUCAAGUUUCGAAAAAGAAAAUUCCAUUGGUGGGACAAGGCAGAAUAUUUAUUGGGGCAUUCCCCUCGCCUUGUUGAAAUUGGUAGGCAACAUCUGAUCUGCUUUUGUGCUAGAGAAGUAAACAAUAUUCUGUUAACUUGUUAAUUAUUUUAUAGCAUAGUUAUAUAUUUUUUGACAGUUUGUUGAAGAAUUUGUACAGAUUUUAUGCAAGGAAAUAGUUGAAUCUGUUACUGGUACAAUUUCUGGAUGAUGUCUUUGAAUGUGUAAAUACUCUGUUAAAGUUAUUAUUUUAUACCACCGUCUCUUCACACAUAGAGCUAAUAGUAAAUAUUUCAUAAAACAUAAGCAAUAAUAUUUUGAAAAAAGUUUUCUGCCUUGAUGAAAGAAAAUUAUCUGGAAGUUUCAAGAAUAGUAUCGAAAUAAUUACUGUUUGAAUAAGGUAGUUAUUUUUUUUUACAAGAAAAAAAGUUUCAUGUAGUGUUUCUGUGAUGUACUGUUACUACUGUUAGGUGGCUUGAAGAUAUACCAGCAGCAUUAGAAACACUGUAGAUGUGAAAUCAUGUCGAAAUUGUUUUAUUAAUUGUUAAGUUGCAGACUGUUCUUUUAAAAAUUAAUAUGAAUUACGUGCCAGUAUUGUUUGCUGUUGAAUCAUGAAAGUUAAUAUAAGCACUCUGCUCUAAAAAUAUAUAAAAUCUUACAAACAUGGACAGCAUCUGGAAAAAAUGGACAUCAAAUAUGUGGUCUUUGAUAGUCUGUUAUAAAGCUAAAUUGUGUGUGUUGAUAAACUGGUUAUCAAACUGGAGGUUGUCUGUAGAACCAUUUUGUCAGUAUAUUAUUAAUGUACCUAAUGAAGUAGUUCAAACCACUUUGUUUGGCUGAAUGCUUUAGUCACUCCAGAAAUAAAUAUGGAACUCUAUAGCAUUCAGCCUGUGAAUUGUAAAUCUACAUUGUAUUUAUUCUGAAUUGUAGAUUAUUAGUGCUAUGUUUCAAACAAGUCCAUUGCUGUCUUUUAAAACACAUCAUGAAGAUUGUUAAGCUAUUCCAUUUAUUGCAUAGUGAACAGACAGAUUAGAAAACUGAUUUUGAGGUACAGUCUUGAAAUGCAGUAUUGUCAUUGGUCAAUUUCUCAACCAAUUGAGAAGUAACCAAUCAGAUCCUGGAGUUCUGAGACUGGUCCCCAGCUUCAGUUUUAUAACUUCUAGCCCAGAUGUUUGAAGGUUGACCUAAUAAUGAAACUAUAGAGAAAUUUUGAAUGCAUUAGGCCAUUACAGAUGUACAAACUGUUGAAAAACCCUGCAUUAACAAAGUUAUAAGGCCAGUAAUUGAUGAAGUAGAAAAUUGAUAUAGAAGAGGCUGUAGUUAAAGAAUGUGUAGAAAGAUGUACAAUGUAUAUGUCUAUUAACAUUACUUGCUCAGAAAAAGGUAUUUUUAUGCAGAUCAAGAGUUCAACGUUGUUUUAAAGUUUGAAAUUUAAUCUUGAAUAAAACUAAUCUUUUUGAAGCAAGUGUAUAUAAAGCUUUUAAUUAGUUGCAAACUACAACAAACAAGUUAAAUAUCAGUACAUUCAUAAUAGCAUUAUAUUUUUCCUGAACUUAAUAUAUGACUCCAUUGUAUAGUGAUACAUCUUGUUCAUGUCACAUUGAAUUAACGUGAACAUUUUAUACAGAUGAGCUCGUAUUUUUGCUACCACAAGGUUUACUGUGGCUUUAUAAAACAAUAGUUUCUGAUGAGUCAUCUAAAUUGGAUAAACAAGAAGUGACAACAUUGUAUUAAUAACCUGAAGUUAAAUUUUUGUACUUUUUCAGUAGCAUUAAUCUUUAUUGCAUUAGUUAGUUUCUAAUUCUUUGGAAACAUUUGGCAUGGGAUAAACUUAAACUGUAGUAUGUUCAAAAUAUGUUCAGAACACAUUCGUGUAUUGAAAAAAAAAAGAAGCAAACAACAGUUUGUUAAAGACAUUGCUGUACUUUUUGAAAAUAAUGUUAAAUCCAUGACUGCAAUCAAGCUUUAAGUUUAAAAUAAAUAGCAUCAGCUAUAUUGAAAUCAGUGGUUAUUUGUUACUGGAUACUAAGGUAGAAUCGAGCGCGCCAUGAGAAAAUCAACAUAGUGCAUUUGCGACCAGCAUGGAUCCAGACCAGCCUGCGGAUCCGCGCAGUCUGGUCAGGAUUCAUGCUGUUUGCUUUCAAAGCCUAUUGCAGUUAGAGAAACCGUUAGCGAACAGCAUGGAUCCUGACCAGACUGCGCAGAUCUGCAGGCUGGUCUGGAUCCAUGCUGGUCGCAAAUGCACUAUUGGUUUUCUCAUGGUGCGGCUCAAAUAUUGUUAUAUUAAGGUAGUGGGCCUGUGAUGACAAUAGGCAAUUUUAGUCGGAGUACAUAUUUUUUGCAACGUAAUUGCCAAUUGGCAUUAUGGGUCCCUUUCCUUAAUUUCAAACACAAAAUCAUGUCUUCUCUUGUAAUUUUAUAUUAUUCAUCUGUUACACAAAAUGUCAUUUUUGAAUAAAAUAUCUUUUGAAAGUUAAACAA